GUCGUAUUCCAGGAAGCAUGUUACGUUGAGCGCACCAUAAAGGAGCCUGGAGGCUGUUUGGAAACUUCGCCAGGAGCAGAUGAGACGUUUUAAGCACCUUCGCCUCUCAGCCGCUGACUGUGACAUUCUGAACCAGAGCCCAGAAGGCACCGCACCCUUGACACAGCCUUUCAGCCAGAGGCAGAGCAUACGAGACUCCAGCCAGGGUCUCUACCCUACUUACCGGACCAAGAAGCAUCAAAGAGGAGCUGGCCACCAGAGGACCAUCACCGAUUACUUCAGAAGCAAGGCCCAGCCGUCACAAUGUGCACUUGACAAGCCCCAAAGUCACAAAAUCAAAGCUGAAGAUUCCCCAGAAUCCUGUUCCCUUCUCGGCGGGGAAGGGAGCGUGGCCCCAGCGGCUUCCCCCGAAUAUCCACUUUUCUCCCAGAAUAACAGUAGCUGCCAUGUGGACAGCAGCCAACGGGACCAGGAUGUGAGAACUUUGCCAGACAGGAUCUCUGAGCAGCCUCCACACCAGGCCGGAAUCAAAGAGGAGGUUGAAGAUAUGGAGUUCGAUCCUCUUCCUGAUGCGUGUUUUGGGCUCCUGGGAACUCUGUGUUGGAGCGAGCCUCAGGGACAUAUUGACCAGCUGCCCGAUGAAGUUCUCAGAGCGAUCUUUGCUCUCUUGCCCGCUGUGGAUCUCUACCAAAGCCUCAGUCUGGUCUGCCAUCGCUGGCGACGGAUCAUCUCAGAUCCACAGUUCAUCCCUUGGAAAAAGCUGUACCUGCAGUAUUUGAAAGCGGAAGCGCAAGCCCUGCUGACAGUUAAGGCCGUUCAACGGCGAUACGGCCUCACCAAAGAGCAGAGCCAGUGCAUGCUGGGAUUGAUACGGUGCGUCGCUGGCAUCAAGAGCCGUAAGCACCGGGACUCCCAAGCCAUCCUGGAGUGUUUGAAGAGCCACCCACUCUUUCCCGUGGCCGAAAUCUGCAUUGUCAAGCGACUGCCUGAUUUGGAGAGCCCGAACGACGGAAUGCCAAAUGUUUGGGCUGUGAUAGCAGCUAUUGUACUCUUCUCUGGAGCUCUCGGUGACAUCCAGAAGUUGGUGGCUUGCCUCCAGAGACCCAGUUGCUCCCUCUCACUUGUGGACAUCACAGAGGCUUUGUACUGUAUGGCCACCCUUCUUCACGCCAUGCGGGAAGGCGGUGUUAAUGUCAGCAAUCGGAUUCACUACAACAUUUUCUACUGCCUGUGGCAAAUGGAGAACUCCAACUGUAGCACAACCGUCAUAAAACCAGCGAUAUCCAGUGCAAGCUAUGAAAGCCACCGGGGCUGCAGCGCUAACUCUAACAUCCAGCCAACCUACGAGCAGCAGCAGAUCUUAAACCACGCCAUCGUUCCAGGGCAGGUGGUGAAAAUCAUGGCUUUCGCAGGGACUGGGAAGACUUCCACUCUGAUUAAGUAUGCCGAGAAGUGGUCCAACCUCCGGUUCCUGUACGUGGCGUUCAACAAGACCAUCGCAGAGCAGGGCGGUCGGGUAUUUCCCCCGAACGUGACGUGCAAGACGAUCCAUUCCUUGGCCUUUGCAGAAGUUGGCAAGCUUUACAGCCGGAAAGGCAAGCUGAACGUCGGCUCUCUGAGCUCCUACUGGGUCAGCUUCGUCCUCGAGAACCGCACGGGGCAGUCUCUCUUCAUAAGAGCCAAGUCAGUCAUCCAGACCCUCACGGCAUUUUUUGCCUCCCCGGAUACGGCCAUCACUUCCGAGCACACGCCCAUCUGGUGUAAGAACACCCACGGAGAGAGGGUUCUUGUCCAGGAGGAAGAGAAGAGAAUCGUAAUUGAGGAAGCAAACCGUAUUUGGGACAAUAUGAGACGUCUGACCCCGACAAAAGAGAUGGCGCACAAGAUGACCCAUGAUGGUUACUUGAAGCUUUGGCAACUUAGUAAGCCUCGGCUUUCCGACUACGAUGCCAUUUUUGUCGAUGAGGCCCAAGACUGCACUCCUGCUGUUAUGGACGUGGUCCUUUCCCAGCCCUGUGGCAUCAUCUUGGUAGGAGACCCACACCAGCAGAUCUACACCUUCCGGGGGGCCGUCAAUGCCCUGGAGAAGGUGCCACACACCCACCUCUUCUACCUGACGCGGAGUUUCCGAUUUGGUCCUGAGAUAGCGUACAUCGGAGCUUCCAUUCUUGAUAUCUGCAAAAAAGUUCGAAAUAAGACCCUGGUGGGCGGCACCCAAGAGGGUGACGUCACUGGGAGAGAUCCGGGAGGAAAAGUGGCCAUCUUGACCCGGAGCAACCAGAUGGUCUUUGAUUCAGCCGUGCAUGUCACUAGAGCAGAACCGCCUGCUAAAAUACACUUGAUUGGGGGUCUUCAAGCCUUUGGCCUUGAGAAGAUUCGGGAUAUUUGGCACCUCUUUCAUCCCGAACUGCGGUCCUUGAUAAGGGAUCCUUUUGUGAGGAGGUGGACCGAGAAGGGCUUUCAGGCGUUAAGGAACUAUGCGGUUAGCGCUGAAGAUAAGCAGCUGGAGAGCAAGAUUGCGAUUGUGGAGAAAUACGGAAACCACAUUCCUGACCUGCUGAACAGGAUAUCACAAUGCCACACAUCUAGUCCUGAGUUUGCAGAUUUUGUCCUGGGCACGAUCCAUAAGGCCAAAGGGCUGGAAUUUGACACUGUGCAAGUAGCCGACGACUUUGUGAUGGUUCCGUUAGCGCGGCACAACCUGGGCAGGAUGCCUGCCUUCCACGUUGACAAAAUCCCGGCCGAUGAAUGGAAUUUGCUGUAUGUCGCCGUGACCCGUGCCAAGAGACGUCUCAUUAUGCCCCAGUUUCUGAGCCGCCUCUUGACGUUGGCUGGGGAGUAUUAUUUAAGACCGGAGCUGACCAGCGAGGUGUGUAAGAGGGAGCCGGUCCAAUGCAUUAUUCAGGGGUGCCUUAAUUCCCUUCCUACUGACUCGUCCCUGACCAUGAAGAAGAGGCCAUUUGCUUACAGCGACGGUGCCAAAGAUCCCGAGGGCUACCUUUGCCACAGCUGUGUGGAGCGGCGUCUCGGUCCUCUGGUGUGGCUGACUGUCUCUCCCGAAGUGAUGCAGACCCUGGAAUCCAUGGAAGAGAUGGUUGCCCUGCCACAGAACUACUAUAACCUCAUGUUGCAUCUGGCUUGAACUCGAGAACGCUUUGCUGGGGUCUCUCGUGCUAGAGGAGAGGGGGAUAAAGGCUGCCGAUCAAGAAGACUCUUUAGUACCCGUACUGAGUGCUGGUCUUUGGGGAACUUUGCAAGUGCAAUUCAAGGAGAGAUGAACUGAAUGAAAGAGCAGCCCCGAAAGAGCAGACAGCGGCAAUAUUUUGAACAUGGCGGGGGCGGGGGGGGAACCAGUUUGCCGCAGUUGCGGCAUUAGAGCCUCUCCCAAUGCUGAGAAGUUUUUGCCGGAGAUACUGCUUCCUUCCAUUUGUACCUAAUCCAUUUUUAAUGUAUAAGAACGCUCUGCCUUUUGUAACAUGGGUGGAGCUUGCUGGAGAAAAGUGGGUAAGAGUUAGUGCAAACAAGAGCUGAUGUGGCAUUUGUCUGAGGUUGGGAAGGACUGUGACGAGUUGUGCGAGUUUGCGUGUGUAUCUGUGUGUUUGUGUGUGUGUGUAAUUCGCAGAGAUGUGGAUUGCUGGUUCCCGCCACCGAUCUCUUUCGGCAGCUUUUGGUCCCAGUUCCUUUUUCUAAUAAUCUGGAAUGUAUAAGCUGCGAUGAGCCUUUAAUCAGACUGUGAGGGACUCGU